AUGGUAGACGUUGUGCCAGCUACCCUGGUUCUUCUAUACAAGUCUACAGUUGCUAAAGUGAUUGACAAAUUUGAGGAUGAAACUGCAGAUGACAUUUUCCCUGUUGGUAAUAUACGGAAAAAAGCUUCAGCCUCUCUCUUGGAAGCUGAUAAAAGAUACAGUGGAAAAGCUACAUCUCGCAAAGCCUUGCAAGAAGAACUCUGGGGAGAUGCUCUGUCUGAAGAAGGAUCUGCUGAAGAAGCAUUAGAUGAAUGGUACAGUGGCAGUGAAGAUGCAGAAGAGAACGGCAGCUUAGGCACUAAACCAAAGGAGGAGCCCAGCAGUGCUGGCAGUGACCAAGAGGAUGACUUGGAAGACGAUGAAGAGACAGAUCCAUCUGCCAAGGCCAAGGCACCAAAGUUCAGUUUCCAGAAUAUUACAGACUUUGAGAAAUUUACAGAGGGGAUGGAUGAUGUAGGAAGCAGUGAGGGAGAAGAUGAAGAUGAUGCCAGCAUGGAAGAAGGAAGCGGUGAGGAAGAAUAUGGGAGUGAAAACCACGAUGAUGUAAAGGAAACCAAAGACAGCGAAGGUGAUGGGGGGAUGAUGACAUUCUCAAAAGGACAAGAGGCUGAAGAAGUAGAAAAAGGAAAAGCUGUGAAGAACCAGCUAGCACUGUGGGAUCAACUGUUGGAAGGGAGAAUCAAGAUGCAGAAGGCGCUUGUAACAGUCAACCGGCUUCCACAGCCAGAUACGUACCCAGUCUUCAGAAAGGAAGGUGGACAAGAAUUUGACAAUGCUGUCGAGAACUGUUGUAAAGCCCUGGAGGCAUUGCUGAAAGUAUUAGUGGACCUUCAGGAUGAGCUACUUUAUCAAUACCCAGGCACGAGGCAUUUGGUAGAUGGAAAGCAAUCAAAAACUGAGAGUGAUGAUGAAAUCCUUAGCAGUAGCGAUGACGAGCAAGUGGAUAAGGCUCAGGAGAAGAGGAGGAGCCUCCCCAAACGAAAGCUAAAGAUGGAAGACUACCCAGAACUCAUAGCCAAGCGGUAUGCUGACUUCAGGACGUAUCGGAACAACGUCUUGCAGAAGUGGCAUGACAAGACAAAGCUGGCAUCUGGCAAAAUGGGAAAGGGUUUCGGUGCCUUUGAGCGUUCAAUCUUGACUCAGAUUGAUCAUAUUAUGAUGGACAAAGAGAGAUUACUACGGCGGACACAGACCAAGCGAUCAGUGUAUACAGUGCUGGGAAAGCAGGAACAGGAAUCUCAUCCGGUCCCUGAAUCUUUGCCUGAAAAUUCGGAAGUCCUCCCUCAGUCAGAUUCCAACAGGCACCUGAAGGACAUAGAUGAGGAGAUAUUUGAUGAUGAUGACUUUUAUCACCAGCUCCUUCGAGAACUCAUAGAACGCAAAACCACUUCGUUGGACCCCAAUGACCAGGUGGCAAUGGGCAGGCAAUGGCUGGCCAUCCAGAAGUUACGAAGCAAAAUAAAGAAGAAAGUGGACAGAAAAGCCAGUAAAGGAAGGAGAAUCCGGUAUCAUGUCCAUAGCAAGCUGGUGAGCUUCAUGGCACCUAUUGACCACUGUACAAUGAAUGAUGAUGCCAGGACGGAGCUUUAUCGUUCGCUGUUUGGAAAAAUCACGAGUCCCGAAGAACCCGAGCAGAAUUAGCAUCGGGCCCUCGCGCCAGGAUUGACCACACCGGCCGGCUCCGCACCGCAGGCCCCCGGCCUGGCCAGUGCGCCGGGGUGGGGGUACCUCUCCCUGCGCCGGGCGCCGGACGCUGGCCCGUCUCGCGACAUCUCCUCUGCCUGGGCGGCUGCUGGCCCUGCCCUCCUGUGGUCGCUUAAAGAGCACCCAGAGCGGGGUCUCUCCAGCUGCUGGUUUGUCGCUAAAAACCUCACCGAAGGAACAUCAAAGACUAAAUGCUAAAUCACACAGGCUCAGAGAGGGGGGGGCAGACAUUUAGCUUGGCUAAACGCCCUCCUCUCUAGCUUCAAAAUGAACUCUGCUUCCUCCCAAAGACAAUCCAUUUUUAACUAUUCUCUUUAAAUUCCUGACCUUGAUAUUGCAAUCUGCUCAGCACGGGCAGAGUGUUCUGCGGGGGGGAGGGACGCGCGAUUCAGACCAGCAGGGACCACCAGCCCCCCCUGCAAUCAGGUCACCCACGUUUGUAUUAAAUCCUGAGAGAUUUUUAUUUGGGGGAUGGGGGUGGGGUGUUUAAGUGUGCUGUUCUGGUCGUUGGCUGCAUAUCUGGAAUGUGUGACUUUAUUUUUCACCCCGUCAAGAGGCUUUAAAUGUCAUUUACAUAAUUAACACGGCCUUAAAACAGAGAAAAGGUGCUCUCCCUUGCAGGCAGCCAGAGCUCCCGGUUCACACUCCCGUUUCUGAAUGGGUGCUCCCUGCACGCAGGGACAUUUGCUGACUGGUGAUGAGCACAACACGGGGCUACGUCUGGGGAUAUUUCUGCAACUAGAACAUACUGGUGAAUUUUUCAGUCCAGCGUUGAUCCUGUACACUUAAUUAUUCGCGUGACUCUGAGCCGUCCGGUCUUCACCAGCACCACGACACACUGUGGAAGGAUGCCAGCACGAAUGUAAAACUGGCCAGAGAUGACUCACUUGAGGGGUUCUGCGGGGUUUUUAUAUCCAAAGGUCAGAAGCCGGAAAUUAAAUCUCCGUAAGGGGAAUUUGUUAGCCUGCCGUGAUCAAUCUGAAAUGGAGGUUAUCUUGCGUAAAUAAUAUGUGCUCAUACUCGUGUGUAAGGUGGCCAUUGCUUGUGACCGUGUGAACCGCACUUUGUUUUGUGCGAGCUAAUUAAAAUACUCCGUAAACUGA